AUGAGGGAAUGGAAGAAAAGGAAGAGAGGAUUUUCAGUUGGCCGCAUUUGUCAUGCUUCAUCAACCUUUGGAGAGUUUUACUACUUGCGGGGAGCACGUUUUGCCAUGGGAUUAUUAGAUGAUGAUAAGGAGUACAUAUUUGCAAUAAAGGAGGCAUCAACAUGGGCACCUGGUCAAUAUCUUCGUAGAAUGUUUGUUAAUAUUUCUAUCCCUCUAGAACAGAAAGAACAAGUAGCAUUGACAGAAAUUGAUAAGUUAUUACAAGGGAAUGGGAGAAGCCUAGCUGAUUUUCCCUCUAUGCCAAGUCUAGCAUGCAUUGAACCUCUUGAUGUUUCAAAUCAACUUAUAUUACAAGAGUUAAACUAUGAUCAGAAUGCUCUUCGUUUAGAAGCUGCGAGACUCAUAGAAUCAUUGAAUGAAGAGCAACUUCAUAUAUUCAAUCAUGUAAUGUCAGUGUUGGAACAUCAAACAGGUGGUUUUUUCUUUGUGUAUGGUUAUGGUAGAACUGGUAAAACAUUUCUAUGGAAUGCUCUGACAUCAAUAUUACGUUCUAAUGGAGAAAUUGUGUUAACAGUUGCCUCAAGUGGAAUAGCAGCAACUUUAUUGCCUUCUGGAAGAACAGCUCAUUCAAGGUUUGCAAUUCCUAUUCAUGUACAUGAAUAUUCCAUGUGUUCUAUCAAGCAAAAUUCUCCUAUAUCUAAUCUUAUUGAGAAGAUGAAGCUUAUUAUAUGGGAUGAAGCUCCAAUGGUCCAAUGCUACUGCAUAGAAGCUUUUGACAGAACAUUAAAAGAUAUAAUGCAUUGUUCAGCUCCAUUUGGUGGGAAGUGCAUUGUUAUGGGUGGUGAUUUCCGUCAGAUACUUCCUGUUAUCCCUAAAGGAGAAACAUUUGAGUUCCUCAGUUGUGAUACUGUAUGUAGAUCUGAUGAAGACAUUGAUAGCUUCAACAAUUUGUAUACAACAGAAUUCCUUAACACUAUUAGUUGUUCAGGUUUACCACCACACAAGUUGAUCUUGAAAGUUGGAGUACCAAUUAUGUUGCUACGGAAUAUUGAUCAAUCUGCAUGCCUUUGUAAUGGUACACGCAUGCGUAUAUCCAAAUUGGGCAAGAAUGUCAUUGAAGCGAUCAUAUUAAGUGGUUCAAAUCCAAACCAAAAGGUAUUACUUCAUAGGAUGGACAUAAAUCCCUCUGAGAGUAGGUGGCCAUUUCGUAUGAAGCGUAGGCAAUUCCCUAUCACUCUUUCAUUUGCCAUGACAAUAAACAAAAGUCAAGGCCAAUCUUUAAGAAGUGUUGGACUUUUUCUAACAAAACCUGUUUUUGCUCAUGGCCAGCUAUAUGUUGCACUAUCAAGAGUGAAAUCAAUUGAUGGCUUGAAGAUUAUAAUUGAUGCAGAUAGAAAAAAUAUGAAGUCCACAACAACAAAUGUUGUGUACAAGGAGAUCUUUCGUAAUUUGUGA